UCCCUGUGGAGGCCGACCAGAGUCCCGGGUUCGAGCCGGAGCCCCGGGAGAAAGGAGCCGCCUGCCGGUAGCAUGCCUUUGUGGCAGCGAAGGGCCACCCCCAGGAGUGGCCAGCUGGACCUGGCGGAAGCUGGGCCCAUGGCUGCCGGAGGGGGCGUGAAGGUGCUGCUGCACUGGACGGGGCCCAGCGGCGGGGAGCCGUGGGUCACCUUCAGCGAGGCGGCGCUGACAGCCGAGGAGGCUUGCAUCCACAUCGCACACAGGAUCGGCAUCACGCCACCUUGCUUUCAUCUCUUUGCGCUCUUCGACGCCCAGGCCCAAGUGUGGCUGCCUCCAAACCACGUCCUGGAGGUGUCCGGGGACGCGGGCCUCACGCUGUAUUUCCGCAUGAGGUUCUACUUCCGGAACUGGCACGGCAUGAAUGCCCAGGAGCCGGCCGUGUACCGCUGCGGGCCACCCGGGACCGAGGGCACGUCGGAACGGGCAGUGCAGGGGUUCCAGCUCCUGGAUUCUGCCUCGUUUGAGUACCUUUUCGAGCAGGGCAAGCAUGAGUUUGUGAAUGACGUAGCCUCGCUGUGGGAGCUGUCGAGCGAGGAAGAGAUCCACCACUUCAAGAAUGAGAGCCUGGGCAUGGCCUUCCUGCAUCUGUGCCACCUGGCGCUGGGCUGGGGCGUCCCGUUGGAGGAGGUGGCUGGGAAGAUCAGCUUCAAGCACUGCAUUCCGCGCUCCUUCCGGCAGCACAUCCGCCAGAACAACGCUCUCACCCGCCUGCGCCUGCGCCGCGUCUUCCGCAGAUUCCUGCGGGCCUUCCAGCCGGGCCACCUGUCACCGCAGGCGGUCAUGACCAAGUACCUGGCCACGUUGGAGCGCCUGGCUCCCCGCUUUGGCUCGGAGCACGUGCCCGUCUGCUACCUUCGCCUGCUGGCCCAGGCCGAGGCCGAGGCCUGCUACAUUCACGACCACAGGCAGAGCCCUGCGAACCCCUGCAACCCUGCGACCCCCGAGCCCCCCACGCAUGAGGUGCUGGUGACGGGCACGGGUGGCAUCCAGUGGCGCUCAAUCCCGGAGAAAGAUCCCAGCGGGGGCAGCGAUGGCGGAGAGGGGCAUCCCCGGGCCAGAGCCAGCCUGUCCGGGAAGGAAGGCAGGGCCCCCAAGGACGCACCCUCGGAGCAGCCCACGUGGACCCACUUCUGCGACUUCCAGGACAUCACGCACCUGGUGCUGGGCGAACGCCACGUCAGCAUCCACUUGCAGGAUAACCAGUGCCUGGAGCUGCGCCUGCCCUCCCGGGCCGCGGCCCUGUCCUUCGCGGCGCUGGUGGACGGCUAUUUCCGGCUCACCACCGACUCCAGCCACUACCUGUGCCAUGAGGUGGCACCCCCGCGCGUGGUGAUGAGCAUUCAGGAUGGCAUCCACGGACCCCUGCUGGAGCCGUUUGUGCGGGCUAAGCUGCAACCCGUGGAUGGCCUCUACCUCAUCCACUGGAGCGCCAGCCACCUCUACCGCCUCAUCCUGACCGUGGCCCAGCGUGACCCGGCACCUGGUGGCAGCUCACGGAGCUUACGUCUGCGCAAAUUCCCCAUCGAGCUUCGGGAUGGAGCCUUCGUGCUGGAGGGCUGGACUCGCUCCUUCACCAGCAUGCGGGAGCUGAGGGCCGCCCUGCACGGCUGCUCGCUGCGAACUGGGGCGGACUGCUUCCCCCUGCGACGCUGCUGCCUGCCGGGGCCUAGAGAGCUCUCGAACCUCAUUGUCAUGCGUGGGCCCCACGCCACCUCCAGGCCUCUCAACGUCUGCCAGCUCAGCUUCCACCGGAUCCACCAGGAUGAGAUCUGCCAGCUGUCACACUUGGGCCAGGGCACAAGGACGAACGUGUACGAGGGCCUCCUGCGCGUGGGGUGCCCCGAGGAAAACCAGGUGGACAGCGGGGAGCCGUCAGCCCCAGCCGGGGCCCAGGGCCGGGAGCUACGGGUGGUGCUCAAAGUGCUGGAUGCCAGCCACCACGACAUUGCCCUGGCCUUCUACGAGACCACCAGCCUCAUGAGCCAGGUGUCGCACAUCCACCUGGCCUUCAUGCAUGGCAUCUGUGUGCGCGGCUCGGAGAACAUCAUGGUGACGGAGUUCGUGGAGCACGGGCCCCUGGACGUGUGGCUGCGGCGGGAGCGGGGCCAUGUGCCCAUGGCCUGGAAGAUGGUGGUGGCCCAGCAGCUGGCCAGCGCCCUCAGCUAUCUGGAGGACAAGAACUUGACCCAUGGAAACGUGUGUGGCCGGAAUGUCCUGCUGGCCCGCCCUGGGCUGGCUGAGGGGACCAGUCCCUUUGUCAAGCUCAGUGACCCCGGCGUGGGCCUGGGGGUCCUCUCCAGAGAGGAGCGGGUGGACCGCAUUCCCUGGACGGCCCCCGAGUGCCUGCCCGCCGGGGCCGGCAGCCUGAGCCCUGCCGCUGACAAGUGGGGUUUCGGGGCCACGCUCCUGGAGAUCUGCUUCGACGGGGAAGCCCCCCUGCAGGGCCGCAGCCCCUCCGAGAAAGAACGGUUCUACCAGCAGCACCACAGGCUGCCGGUGCCCUCAUGCCCCGAGCUGGCCGCCCUCACGGGCCGCUGCCUGGCCUACGAGCCUGCCCAGCGACCGUCCUUCCGUACCAUCCUACGGGACCUCACGCGGCUGCAGCCCGGGGAUCUGGUGGAUGGCUUGGCCAUGAACCCAGACUCGCCCGCGUGUGACCCCACGGUUUUCCACAAGCGCUACCUGAAGAAGAUCAGGGACCUGGGUGAGGGCCACUUCGGCAAGGUCAGCUUGUACUGCUACGACCCCACCAACGACGGCACGGGCGAGAUGGUGGCGGUGAAGGCCCUCAAGGCCGGCUGCGGGCCCCAGCUGCGCUCGGGCUGGAGGCGCGAGAUCCACAUCCUGCGCUCGCUCUACCAUGAGCACAUUGUCAAGUACAAGGGCAGCUGCGAGGACCCAGGUGACAAGUCGGUGCAGCUUGUGAUGGAGUACGUGCCCCUGGGCAGCCUGCGGGACUACCUGCCCCGGCACAGCGUCGGCCUGGCCCAGCUGCUGCUCUUCGCCCGGCAGAUCUGUGAGGGCAUGGCCUACCUACAUGGGCAGCAUUACAUCCACCGAGACCUAGCUGCCCGCAAUGUGUUGCUGGACCACGACAGGCUGGUCAAGAUUGGGGACUUUGGCCUGGCCAAGGCCGUUCCCGAGGGCCACGAGUACUACCGCGUGCGCGAGGAUGGCGACAGCCCCGUGUUCUGGUACGCCCCCGAAUGCCUGAAGGAGUCCAAGUUCUACUACGCUUCCGAUGUGUGGUCCUUUGGUGUCACUCUGUACGAGCUGCUCACGCACUGUGACUCCAGCCUGAGUCCCCCGAAGAAGUUCGAGGAGCUCCUGGGUCUCACUCAAGGCCAGAUGACGGUUUUGAGGCUGACCGAGUUACUGGAACGUGGCGAGAGGCUGCCGCGGCCCGACAAGUGUCCCUGCGAGGUCUACCUGCUCAUGAAGAACUGCUGGGAGACCGAGGCCUCCUUCCGCCCCACCUUCCAGAACCUCUCGCCCCUCCUCAAGACAGCCCAUGAAAAGUACCAGGGCCAGUCGGCUUCCGUGUUCAGUGUGUGCUGAGGUGGUGGGCGGCAGGGCGCAGCCGGCCCCACCUUGCUGCAGGGCCCGGCGGAGGACGGGACCCUGAGCUCCUGCCGGCCUUCCCGGUCCC